AUGAGCAGCCACAUUAAGGUUAGUAAGGGUAUCACACAUUCUAUCCGAAAUGUGUCGCAGAAGGGAACUUUUGGGAAUGAAUUCGCUUCUGGUUCCAUGCAGAAGUUAGCUAUUAAAUACGUGUCGUCUGCACUUAAAGUGCCUUAUUUCUUAAAUGAAACAGACGAAGAAUGUAUUCGUCAAGCCAUUCCGCAUCGGUUGAUCAUAUUCGAUGAUGAGAAUGCAAAAGAUGUCGCUCAUGGACAUCUAAAAUUUUUAGCUGAGUACGUGGCUAAAAGUGUCAAAUUAAUGAAUUUUUCUGGUCAGGAUGUUAAGCUGAUAGGACCAAAGUUCGAUAAAGAGGAAGUAGAUUGUUUUAAAACAGCUAGAUCAAUACAUUACUGUACAAAGUCCCCAGUACGUUUAGACGAGGUGCGGCGAUUAUCGUCUUCGCGUGCAAUCCAAUUAAAGCUUAAAUGUAUGAAAAGAGAGUUGGGUUCGAUGAUGGUAGAGUACACAGCGAUUGUCAAGAAAAUUCUUGAUAAUCCGACGGCAGGUGGAGCUGAUAAAUUAGUGCAGAGAAGGAAGAUAUUAGACGUAGAGAUUGCAGAGAAAGAAUAUGAAGUUUCGGAUCUCGAGACUUCUUUUAAAACCAUUAAUUCACAAGAACCUGUAGAAGUUUUAAAAUGCUGCAACGUUGGCGUAGAGAAUUGUAACGUUAAUGCAGAUGUGAUGGUUGCAUUUGAUUCACUAUACGAUGUAGACUUACAACAACUUAUAGUAAAAGCAGAAAAGCUGAAUGUCUCCGAAAUAUAUGCGACUAUAAUCUUACCUUUUGGUUUGCUGUACGUCGAUAGGUAUUAUUCAGAAGAACUCAAUGUAACCUUUAUCAAACAUGGUGACGGAUUCCUCAUGGUGCAUGGUCAGGAUAUGUCGAACGGCUAUGUACAUGAAUAUUCAGUUUCGGUGAUGAGACUGAUGGAAAACUCUUUUAUUAAACCAGCGGAUGGAAAUCGCGAACAUAUUUGGACGUAUGAAAUCAUAAAGGACGUGGCUGAAAUUUGCUUAUUAAGAUUCUACAGGGCAAAAGAAACAAAAAGGGUGGUACGGAAGAAAUUGCCAUCCAAAUUUGAUAAAUAUACCAUUAUUAUGCAUCCUGUUGAAUACUUUUCGAGAAUUCCAAGAAGACCGAUCAUGGUCCCCACUCAGAAGUUGAACGUUGCUGUAUCACGUGUUAAACGUGAGAAAAAUAUGAAAACCAUUGUGGAAGACCUUUAUGCAUACGUGCAAUGUAUGUUUUUUAAAGUUGUUGGUAUGGAUCGUGACUUGUUGACCGAAGCAUACAAAGUCGCGAGAAAAGAGUACUCAAUUUUCGAAAAAAUUAUAAAAGAAAUGUCGGAUUGGUUAAAGAUGACGGCAGAACAUAUUCCGUUUGUGUAUAAGAUCUUGGAUUUUUUCACAGCUCCGAAUUGCAAAAAAUAUAUGGACGAGAGGAUAGAUUUGCAGGACCUCAUUCUUGAUUCACGUGUCACAGAUAUUGAGAGAUUUAACGACCAUUUUAAGAUGAUUAGUAAGGGAUUUGUUAUGGAGAUAGACACUAUCCCGACGUUGGUUGAUGUUUUUAAAUCCAUAGUUAACGGUGAUGAUUCUGCAUAUUACCAGAGAUUAUCAGCGAAAUAUUCGGACAAGGAGUUACAGGAGUUUUUUGGUAGACAUAGUGUACUUUCUACGUUAGAAUCAUACAAUAAGGCUUUAGAUCAGACCACACGUAAGUACGACAUUGAAAGAAAAAAUAGGGAAGAUGAAUUAGAACGUAAGAGGAAGGAAAUCGAGACUUUAAAGGAUGAGGAACAUAAUAGUGAAGGGGAAUCGAUGACAGCUGGUCUUUCGGUUGUUCAGAAGACAAAAGGAGAGCAUGAGUGCGAUAUUGGUGAAGUUAUAAAUCUUACGGAAUCAGUCUUCGGUGCACAUAAUGCGUACACUGUCCAACAUUUACAGCAAGAUUCGGAUAAAAGAAUGGAUGACCUGACAGCAGCAGCUUUCAAAUACAAUUGUUCUAGACUCGAAGGAAAAACGGUUAAACAACUUUCCGACGCUCAGAUUAAGAAUUUGAUCAAAAGGUUGACAAAACAAGGAAAAGUUGCCAACACGACUGUUACGGUUGCAGAAGCUAUUGAAGCUAUGCAUUUGUUAAAAAUGACAUACUCGAGGGAAUUGCCUAUGCAAUCGAGUAAAGUGCUCUUCGAUCUGAAGAAGGCUAUAUUCGAGUCUAUCAAAACUAUCGCAGCGUCAGAAACCGUAAAUAAUAUCACGGAAAAGAAGGUUGAAGUUAUAAAAGGGCUUGCUGGGGCAGGAAAGACGUUUUAUGUAUGUGAUAAGUUUGAACCUUCGGAAGACGCAUACAUAUCACCGAUGGCAGACGUUUUGUAUGAGACUGAACGGGUCCUUUACAUUGAUGAAGCAGGAGCGUUUAAUAAACAGUACCUUAUAUUUAUCAUGUUGAUGUUCAAUGUCAGGAAGUUCGUAUUCCUUGGCGAUGACGAACAAACAAAGUACUUUGAUCCGUUCGGUGAUCUAGGUACCGACGAUUUUUGUUCGCUUGUCGACUAUAAAGAUAUUACGGUCAUGUACUUUUCGUUCAGAUUCGGUCCGACAGUGGCUGCACAUUUGAACACGGCGUUCAAUUACCCUGUGUUUUCGUUAAAAAAUACAGAUACAAAAUUAUUUACCAUGGAAUCUCAGAUCACACACCUGCGGAAGGCGGUACAAAUCUCACGGUGA